CAUCUUCCUCAGAGAUCUUGUUGAGAAGCAAAUGGCGAUGGCUAACGAGUGGCUUCUAUGGCUGACCGUGUCUGCUGUCGUGGCGGCUUUGCACACCGAGGCAAAGUCGGCUGUGAACGUCUUCUCCUCCAUGUCCCAGACUUCUGAAAGAAUAACAGGCGUUAGUCCCAUCCACAAUGGCCAGAUUUGCAGUACGUGGGGCAAUUUCCACUUCAAGACCUUUGAUGGAGAUAUUUUCCAAUUGCACUCCACUUGCAACUACAUCCUGACCUCUUCAUGCCGGAGCGGUUACAAGGACUUCAACAUCCAGUUAAGAAGACAGGAUGCUGGUGGCCAAAACACCAUCAACAGCAUCAUUAUGAAGCUGGAGGGUGUAGUGGUGGAGCUCUCUGAGGGCUCUGUGAUCGUUGAUGGAGAAUUAGCCGCCCUACCAUUCAGUCAAGGAGGAGUGCUCAUCGAGAAAACUCCCACCUACAUCAGAAUCAAAGCAAAACUGGGAUUAGUUGCUAUCUGGAAUGAGGAUGACUCUUUUCUGGUGGAACUAGACCAGAAGUACAAGAACCAAACAUGUGGUCUUUGUGGGGACUUUAAUGGGGUCCAGCUCUUCAAUGAAUUCUACAGUCAUGGUGUGAAAAUAACCCCAGUGGAUUUUGCUAACUUCUGGAAAAUGGAUGGUCCAACUGAAAGCUGCUCUGACUACACACUGGAAUCGACUCAAAGCUGCAGCAACUUGAAACCUCUGUGCGAGCCGCUCCUCACAGGGCCGGCCUUCAACAGCUGUUACAGUCUGCUCGACCUCGCCUCCUUCACUUCUGCCUGUGUUACGGACCUCUGCAACUGCGCCAAUGGCAUCGAUGGACCCGCUGACCCAUCCUGCCUGUGCAACACUGUGUCAGAGUUCUCCAGACAGUGUAGCCAUGCCGGUGGAAAGCCUAAAAACUGGAGAACCAAGGAGCUGUGCUGGAAGUCAUGUCCCUACAACAUGGAGUACAUGGAGUGUGGCAGCCCUUGUGCCGACACCUGCUCCAACCCCGAGGCCAGCCUCACCUGUGACAACCACUGUAUCGAUGGAUGCUUCUGCCCCCCAGGCAUGGUUUGGGAUGAUUUAAAUAGAAAGGGUUGUGUCCCAAUGAGCGCGUGCUCCUGCAGCUACAACAGCAAGAUCUAUGGACCUGGGGAGUCCUACUCCAGUCACUGCAAAAGAUGUGUGUGUGAGAGUGGACAGUGGACGUGUACGGAGGAGAACUGUCCAGGAAUGUGCUCUGUGGAGGGCGGGGCUCACAUCAACACCUUCGAUGGAAAAGACUACAGCUUCCAUGGGGACUGCUCCUACGUCCUGGCUAAGGACUGCACUGGAGCCCAGUUUGUGGUCCAGGUACAACUGGUGCAGUGUGGACUGACUGACAGUGAAACCUGCCUCAAGUCUGUGACCUUGGGUCUGUCUGGAGGGGCUCAUGUGAUCACCAUCCAGCCCAAAGGGAAGGUUUUUGUGAAUGGGAUCUACGCUCAGUUACCUUUCUCUGCUGCUGGGAUCUCCGCCUUCAAAGCGUCCUCCUUCUACCUGCUGGUGCAGACGUCUGUCGGUGUUCUGUUGGAAGUGCAGCUCCAGCCAGUCAUGCAGCUCCACGUCACAGUGACCAGUGAAUACCAGUCCAAGACCUGUGGUCUGUGUGGGAACUUCAACAGCAACCAAGCUGAUGACUUCCUGAAGCUCAGUGGAGUUCCAGAUGCCACAGCAACCGGUUUCGUCAACAGCUGGAAGACACAUGCUGCUUGCCCCGAUGUGAAGAGCAACUUUGAGAAGCCCUGCAGUCUUAGUGUGGACAACGAGAAAUACGCCCAGCACUGGUGCUCCAUGCUGAGUGACCCCGAAGGAGUGUUUGCCUCCUGUCACUCAGAGAUCAGCCCUGACUCGCACAAAGAGAACUGCAUAUAUGACUCCUGUAACUGUGAGAACAGCGAGGACUGCAUGUGUGCUGCGGUCUCCUCCUAUGUCCAUGCCUGUGCAGCUGCAGGAAUCCAGAUGAGCGGCUGGAGGGAGACCAUCUGUGGGAAAUAUGCCAGCUCCUGCCCCCGCAGCAUGGUCUACUCCUACAACAUCACGGCCAGCAGCCACACCUGCCGCUGCAUCAGCAGCUCCGACCUCAGCUGUCACUUCUCCUUCCCGCCCAUCGAUGGCUGUGUCUGUGCAGAGGGAACCUAUCUGGACGACGCUGGGAAGUGUGUCCAAUCUCACGAGUGUCCCUGUUAUGACGAAGGCUCCGUGGUGCCCGCCGGACAGGUGGUCAACAGGGACGGGGUCAUGUGCACCUGUAAGGAGGGCAAACUGAGCUGCAUUGGGAAGUUAUUUGCACAACCAUUGUCCUGUGCUCCUCCCAUGGUGUUCUUCAACUGCUCUGCUAAUGGUCCGGCUGCAAAGGGAACUGAGUGUGAGAAGAGCUGCAACAUGUUAGAUCCGUCCUGUGUGACCACGGCGUGCGUGUCCGGCUGUAUGUGUCCAUCUGGGAUGGUGCUUGACGGUGAAGGCGGCUGCAUUCAGCCAGAGGCCUGUCCCUGUGUUCACAACGGUGUCUCUUACCAGCCUGGACAAACCACCAAUGUGGACUGCAACACCUGCACUUGUAAAGACAUGAAGUGGGAGUGCACGACCAAACAGUGUGAUGGAACCUGCUCGGUCUAUGGCGCUGGACACUACAUGACUUUUGAUCAGAAGCGCUACACCUUUGAUGGCAGUUGUGAAAGCAUUCUCACUCAGGACUACUGUGGCAAUGCUACGAGUAAUGGAACCUUCAGAGUGCUCACUGAGACUGUUCCAUGUGGAACAACAGGAACCACCUGCACCAAGAACAUCAAGAUCUUUAUUGGGGAUGCAGAACUAAUUCUAACAGAUGGAAGCUACCAGUUGGUUUUGGGGGGAAAUGAAGAAACAGUUCCAUUUCAGUACAGCACUAUGGGCAUCUACCUGGUAAUUGAAGCCAACAAUGGACUAAUUUUCAUAUGGGACAGGAAGACCAGUUUGUUCAUCAAGCUCAGCCCAAAAUAUAAGGGUCGUGUAUGUGGACUGUGUGGCAACUAUGACGACAUUGCAAAUAAUGACUUCACGACAAGAUCCCAUGCAGUGGUUGUCAACCCACUGGUGUUCGGUAACAGCUGGAAGAAUUUGCCAAGCUGCCCCGACGCUCACAGCAUCAUCAACCCCUGUACAGCCAACCCACACAGACAGGCCUGGUCCCAGAAACAGUGCAGCAUGAUACAGAGUGACGUCUUCACAGCCUGCCACUCCAUUGUGGAUCCGGCUCCAUUCUAUGAUGCAUGUGUGUUUGACUCAUGUGCUUGUGACACGGGUGGAGACUGCGAGUGUUUCUGCACUGCUGUGGCUGCUUAUUCUGAAUCCUGUAAUCAAGCUGGCAUCUGUAUACCAUGGAGAACCCCAAAGAUCUGUCCUCUUUUCUGUGACUACUACAAUCACCCUGGUGAAUGUGAAUGGCACUACAAGCCAUGUGGAUCUCCUUGUAUGAAAACCUGCAGGAGCCCGUCAGGAAGAUGUUCUACAGAAAUACCUCCACUAGAAGGUUGCUAUCCAAAAUGUCCUACUGCACAAGCAUACUUUGAUGAGGACAAAAUGACAUGUGUUUCGAGAGAACAAUGCGGCUGCUACGAUACAGAGGGGAGACACUAUAAUAAUAAUGAAGAGGUGCCAACAACUGAAAACUGUCAAACAUGUACAUGUUCAACGACCAUCCAAUGCCAUUAUGAUGCUCAAGCCUGCACUUGCACAUAUCAUGGAAACAAGUAUCCCCCUGGCAAUACGAUCUAUAACACAACAGAUGGACAUGGGAACUGCAUCACAGCAGUAUGUGGGAAUAAUGGCACCUUGGAUAAGAGAUCAUAUCCAUGCCCAGAAACUACUCCGACAACCCAUAUGCCCAGUACAACCACAACAGCAGCCAGCCCGUCUUCAAGCACCUUUGUUUUCACAUCAACCACACCAGAGCAAUCUACAACACCUCAAAUUUCAACAAUAAUUUUUACGACUGAACAUUUUACAGUAACACCUUGUCAGGAAAAUGUAUGCACCUUUUCACAGUGGAUAAGUGGCGACUACCCAACCUAUGGUUUUGGAGGUGGGGACAAUGAAACCAUCAAAUUCAUCAUCCAGAAAGGAUAUAAAAUAUGUCCAAAACCAGUGGAAGUAGAAUGCAGGGCUAAAAACUAUCCCGAUACACCAUUAAAUGACUUGGGACAAAAAGUAACAUGUAAUAUGGAAGGACUUCUGUGUAGGAACAUUUUACAGUAUCCCCCGAUAUGUUUAAAUUAUGAAAUUAGGGUGAAGUGUUGCCAGACGAUGCAGUGCAGCACAACACCAAAACCUACUGUUACUUCCUCAACAAUACAAACUAAAAUACCUUCUACGAAGACCAACACACCCUUUAUCACAUCAGAAAAAACAACAACUCAAACACAAACAACUACAACGACUAAAACCUCUCCCACAACUUCGACCACAAUUAAAACACAUACUACAACUCAACAACCGACAACGACACCAUCAACUCUUUCCACAACAGUUCCAACUACAACACCUUCAACUACGCCAACCUCCACAACUUCAACCACAACAGUUCCAACUACAACCGCUUCAACUCCGUCAACCCCCAAAACUCAUUCAACAACAGUUCCAACUACAACACAUUCAACUACACCAACCACCACAACUCCAACUCCUUCCACAACAGUUCCAACUACAAGCGCUUCAACUACGCCAACCACCACAACUCCAACUCCUUCCACAACCGUUCCAACUACAACACUUUCAACUACGCCAACCACCACAACUUCGACCACAUUUGAGACACCAACUCCGACACCCUUCACUACACCUCAUUGCCCUGAGGGAAACAAUAUGACAUGUGGUUGGUCAGGAUGGAUUAAUCUUGGCAAGCCCACACCAGGCCCUGAUGGUGGGGAUAAUGAAUCAAUCCAGAAGAUAAUCUCAUCUGGUCAUCUUGUAUGCUCUUAUCUUGAAGACGUUGAGUGUCGAGCUGCUUCUUACCCAGACAUGUCCAUGUCACUGGUGGGUCAAACUGUGACUUGCAAUAAAGAGGUUGGUUUCAAAUGCAUCAACAAAGAACAAGGGCUUCAGCAAGAGUGUUUUGAUUAUGAAAUCCAAUUAAAAUGCUGUGGGUGUCCAGGUCCAUCAACUGCUUCAACUCCUUCCACAACAGUUCCAACCACAACCGCUUCAACUCCGUCAACCCCCAAAACUCAUUCAACAACAGUUCCAACUACAACAGCUUCAACUCUGUCAACCCCCAAAACUCAUUCAACAACAGUUCCAACUACAACACAUUCAACUACGCCAACCACCACAACUCCAACUCCUUCCACAACCGUUCUAACUACAACACCUUCAACUAUGCCAACCACCACAACUUCAACCACAACAGUUCCAACUACAACCGCUUCAACUCUGUCAACCCCUAAAACUCAUUCAACAACAGUUCCAACUACAACACAUUCAACUACACCAACCACCACAACUCCAACUCCUUCCACAACAGUUCCAACUACAAGCGCUUCAACUACGCCAACCACCACAACUCCAACUCCUUCCACAACCGUUCCAACUACAACACCUUCAACUACGCCAACCACCACAACUUCGACCACAUUUGAGACACCAACUCCGACACCCUUCACUACACCUCAUUGCCCUGAGGGAAACAAUAUGACAUGUGGUUGGUCAGGAUGGAUUAAUCUUGGCAAGCCCACACCAGGCCCUGAUGGUGGGGAUAAUGAAUCAAUCCAGAAGAUAAUCUCAUCUGGUCAUCUUGUAUGCUCUUAUCUUGAGGACGUUGAGUGUCGAGCUGCUUCUUACCCAGACAUGCCCCUGUCACUGGUGGGUCAAACUGUGACUUGCAAUAAAGAGGUUGGUUUCAAAUGCAUCAACAAAGAACAAGGGCUUCAGCAAGAGUGUUUUGAUUAUGAAAUCCAAUUAAAAUGCUGUGGGUGUCCAGGUCCAUCAACUGCUUCAACUCCUUCCACAACAGUUCCAACUACAACCGCUUCAACUCUGUCAACCCCCAAAACUCAUUCAACAACAGUUCCAACUACAACACAUUCAACUACGCCAACCACCACAACUCCAACUCCUUCCACAACCGUUCCAACUACAACACCUUCAACUACGCCAACCACCACAACUUCAACCACAACAGUUCCAAGUACAACCGCUUCAACUCUGUCAACCCCUAAAACUCAUUCAACAACAGUUCCAACUACAUCACAUUCAACUACACCAACCACCACAACUCCAACUCCUUCCACAACAGUUCCAACUACAAGCGCUUCAACUACGCCAACCACCACAACUCCAACUCCUUCCACAACCGUUCCAACUACAACACCUUCAACUACGCCAACCACCACAACUUCGACCACAUUUGAGACACCAACUCCGACACCCUUAACUACACCUCAUUGCCCUGAGGGAAACAAUAUGACAUGUGGUUGGUCAGGAUGGAUUAAUCUUGGCCAGCCCACACCAGGCCCUGAUGGUGGGGAUAAUGAAUCAAUCCAGAAGAUAAUCUCAUCUGGUCAUCUUGUAUGCUCUUAUCUUGAAGACGUUGAGUGUCGAGCUGCUUCUUACCCAGACAUGUCCAUGUCACUGGUGGGUCAAACUGUGACUUGCAAUAAAGAGGUUGGUUUCAAAUGCAUCAACAAAGAACAAGGGCUUCAGCAAGAGUGUUUUGAUUAUGAAAUCAAUUAAAAUGCUGUGGGUGUCCAGGUCCAUCAACUGCUUCAACUCCUUCCACAACAGUUCCAACCACAACCGCUUCAACUCCGUCAACCCCAAAACUCAUUCAACAACAGUUCCAACUACAACACAUUCAACUACGCCAACCACCACAACUCCAACUCCUUCCACAACCGUUCCAACUACAACACCUUCAACUACGCCAACCACCACAACUUCGACCACAUUUGAGACACCAACUCCGACACCCUUAACUACACCUCAUUGCCCUGAGGGAAACAAUAUGACAUGUGGUUGGUCAGGAUGGAUUAAUCUUGGCAAGCCCACACCAGGCCCUGAUGGUGGAGAUAAUGAAUCAAUCCAGAAGAUAAUCUCAUCUGGUCAUCUUGUAUGCUCUUAUCUUGAAGACGUUGAGUGUCGAGCUGCUUCUUACCCAGAAAUGUCCAUGUCACUGGUGGGUCAAACUGUGACUUGCAAUAAAGAGGUUGGUUUCAAAUGCAUCAACAAAGAACAAGGGCUUCAGCAAGAGUGUUUUGAUUAUGAAAUCCAAUUAAAAUGCUGUGGGUGUCCAGGUCCAUCAACUGCUUCAACUCCUUCCACAACAGUUCCAACCACAACCGCUUCAACUCCGUCAACCCCCAAAACUCAUUCAACAACAGUUCCAACUACAACACAUUCAACUACGCCAACCACCACAACUCCAACUCCUUCCACAACCGUUCCAACUACAACACCUUCAACUACGCCAACCACCACAACUUCGACCACAUUUGAGACACCAACUCCGACACCCUUAACUACACCUCAUUGCCCUGAGGGAAACAAUAUGACAUGUGGUUGGUCAGGAUGGAUUAAUCUUGGCAAGCCCACACCAGGCCCUGAUGGUGGAGAUAAUGAAUCAAUCCAGAAGAUAAUCUCAUCUGGUCAUCUUGUAUGCUCUUAUCUUGAAGACGUUGAGUGUCGAGCUGCUUCUUACCCAGACAUGUCCAUGUCACUGGUGGGUCAAACUGUGACUUGCAAUAAAGAGGUUGGUUUCAAAUGCAUCAACAAAGAACAAGGGCUUCAGCAAGAGUGUUUUGAUUAUGAAAUCCAAUUAAAAUGCUGUGGGUGUCCAGGUCCAUCAACUGCUUCAACUCCUUCCACAACAGUUCCAACCACAACCGCUUCAACUCCGUCAACCCCCAAAACUCAUUCAACAACAGUUCCAACUACAACACAUUCAACUACGCCAACCACCACAACUCCAACUCCUUCCACAACCGUUCCAACUACAACACCUUCAACUACGCCAACCACCACAACUUCAACCACAACAGUUCCAACGACAACCGCUUCAACUCCGUCAACCCCCAAAACUCAUUCAACAACAGUUCCAACUACAACACAUUCAACUACGCCAACCACCACAACUCCUUCCACAACCGUUCCAACUACAACACCUUCAACUACGCCAACCACCACAACUUCGACCACAUUUGAGACACCAACUCCGACACCCUUAACUACACCUCAUUGCCCUGAGGGAAACAAUAUGACAUGUGGUUGGUCAGGAUGGAUUAAUCUUGGCAAGCCCACACCAGGCCCUGAUGGUGGGGAUAAUGAAUCAAUCCAGAAGAUAAUCUCAUCUGGUCAUCUUGAAUGCUCUUAUCUUGAGGACGUUGAGUGUCGAGCUGCUUCUUACCCAGACAUGUCCAUGUCACUGGUGGGUCAAACUGUGACUUGCAAUAAAGAGGUUGGUUUCAAAUGCAUCAACAAAGAACAAGGGCUUCAGCAAGAGUGUUUUGAUUAUGAAAUCCAAUUAAAAUGCUGUGGGUGUCCAGUUCCAUCAAAUGCUUCAACUCCUUCCACAACAGUUCCAACUACAACUGCUUCAACUCCGUCAACCCCCAAAACUCAUUCAACAACAGUUCCAACUACAACACAUUCAACUACGCCAACCACCACAACUCCAACUCCUUCCACAACCAUUCCAACUACAACACCUUCAACUACGCCAACCACCACAACUUCGACCACAUUUGAGACACCAACUCCGACACCCUUAACUACACCUCAUUGCCCUGAGGGAAACAAUAUGACAUGUGGUUGGUCAGGAUGGAUUAAUCUUGGCAAGCCCACACCAGGCCCUGAUGGUGGGGAUAAUGAAUCAAUCCAGAAGAUAAUCUCAUCUGGUCAUCUUGUAUGCUCUUAUCUUGAGGACGUUGAGUGUCGAGC